AUGUUUUUUCGUUUUGUCGAUAAAUCAACGAUUUUGGCGCAAUUCGCUUUGUACCUUCAAUUCUCCGGCUAUGUCGCAAUCGGAAUUGGCACUAUUUUAAUGUCCUUGUCGAGAGUGACCCUCGUUUGGGCUCCUAUUCGAACACGAUUUUUGUGGACUGCAAACGUAAUGCGAAUAUUGGUUUUCACUCAAAAUUUCAUCGCUUAUGCGCACGCGUUGCCGUGUUUCUUUGCGCAAAUUUCUUUUUUGCCAAUGGGACAGGAGAAGUUCAUCGCUUUCCCAACGUCGACGGCACUUGUAGAAAGACUUCUAGCCUAUUCAACAGCAAUUCUUUUAUUGGUUUUCUCGGUGAGUUGCGUCGAUCAAGUGUUCGUUUAUUUGGGUCGACUCUUUCCGGCGAGUGGCCUCGCGACUCUUGGCCUCACUAUGAUGCACUACAGCAUGGAUAUUCAUUUGUUUUUCACCACCUUUUCCCCGUGGUUGAUUCAUCGAACGUUGCGGACAAAGGCGCUUGGCUGGAGCAUUGGCAAAGCGAGUCAGACUGACGUGGGACAUCCACAAGCGAUUCGAACGGUCACCCAACAUCCUCAACAACGGACCAUCAAUAUCGACGAAAGAAAUUCAAGAAACACUUUGCCAAAGCUAUCAAUACAAACCAGUUUUCCGAAUUUUAUUAGUAAAAAACCUGAUGAC